AUGUAAUAAUAAUUAUAAAGACACGGAAGUAUGGAACCAUUAAAUGAUCAAAAUGCAUAAGUUGCUGGAAGUGUAGUAGAUUAAAAUCUAAUAAGAUAAAAAAACUGUAUUUUGUGGUUAUUAUGCUUUUGUUUUUUGUUUUGCACAAUAUAUUUAUAAGCAUUAUGGUAAAUUUGAAUUUUAAAUUAAUAAGUAUGAUACCAGGACUUUAAGUAUGUUCAAUGAGUGGAAUAGAAGCUCCUGUUCCCUUUUAAUAAAGUAUUAUAGCAUAUUACUUUUUUACUUUAUUGUUUCUAUACACAAUAUAUUAUGCUUUAGAAAAUGUGAAACAUUCAAUUGUAGUUUUUAUUAGAUGGCCAUUAUUACUUUAUUCCUUAGCUGCUAUAAUAAUAGGAGUAGUUUCAAUUAUUUAAUCAUACAGUCUAACUACAGAUGAUAUUUAAGAAGGUUGGAAUAAAAUGACUUAAUGGAGAAAAUAAUAAUAUUAUGACAGUUCAUCAACUAAUUUAUUAGAUGAAAAUAAAAGGAAUUUAAUAUUAAUCAGCGUUUAUCAUUUUAUUUAUGGAUUUGUUUUUAUAAUACUUUUUGGAUUACUAUUUAAUUACUAAACAAUAAUGCCUUAAAAUUGGAGACCUCCUUUUUCAUCUAGACCACUUUAAAAAUAAUCUUUAAUUUAUAAAGAAGGAAUGAAUGAUUAAGUAAUGUAACCAAAAUAAGAUGAUGAAGAAAACUAAGAGAAAUAAUAAGAUAAACCAUUUUAGAAUUAUAAUUAGAGUGAAAUUAAAUAAUAAUAAUAAUAACCAAUAGAUUAAUAACCUUCCACAAUAUUCUAAAAGAAGAAUACAGGUCGUAGAGCUUUUGGAAAACAAGUUCAAAAUUCAUAAGUUUAAUUAUAAUCAUAAUAAUAAUCAUAAUUAUAAUAAUCAUAAAUACCCCCAUAACCAAAUACAAAAUAAGAUUAACCAGAAGAAGAAGCAAACUAAUAACCAUUUUGA